GAAACUUGUCCAGUCCAUGCCAAAUAAAAUUGCAGCUGUUAUUCAUGCUCGUGAAGGUACUACAUGCUGUUAGCUAAUUACAGCUUCAGCUCCACCUGAGACAUUUAUUUACGUCUUAGAAGCUGCUGAGCUCUUAACACACGUUCACUCACUUCCUUUCUGAACGGUGACAGUAGAUGAGAGUCUGUAUCACUCACCUCUACUGAGUGAGAGCACAGUGAGAGCUGAACAGCACAGAAACUCCACAACAUGCUUAAAGAAUGGAUUCCAGCAGGAGAGCCUUCAUCUGUUUAAUCAUCUACACCACAGGUCUGCUGUGCUCAGCUGGAGAAGAGGUUGUCAGACUGCAGGAGCUGGAGGGAAACACUGUAACCAUCCAUACUGGAUUAACUGGAGUUCAGAGUGAUGCUCACAUACUGUGGUUUUAUGGACCUGAGAAUGCAGAUAUAAAGAUAGUGAACAGUCAGAUCAUUAGAGGAGAGAUUAUUACAGACUAUGACAGUGAGAGAUUCAGAGACAGACUGCAGCUGAACAGAAACAGUGGAUCUUUAACCAUCACAAACAUCAGCAGAGAAGAUUCUGGAGUUUAUAAACUACACAUAAUUACAGGAAGUAUCUCAGUCUGGAGUUUCAGUGUUGAUGUCUAUGCUCCAGUAUCAAAACCAGUCAUAAGAAAUCAACCUGAAAAAAGAGAGUCAUGUUCUCCUCUGUGCUCUAUGGAGAAUGGGAAGGAUGUGAGUUUGUCCUGGUAUGAUGAGAAAGAGAGAAUCUCCAGCAUCAGUAGCUCAGAUUCCAGUGAACGUCUUCAUCUUCCUCUGAAUAUAACUAACCCAGAAUGUUCUACUUACACCUGUGUAGCUGCUAAUCCAGUUAGCAAACAGACAGCCAAGCUCAACAUUACAGAACGCUGUUAUAACAACACAGGCUUAUCCAGUGUCCACUGCUGUGGCUCAAUUGAGUUUGUGGUCCGACUGGUUCUCUCCGCUGUGGUGGUCCUGGCCACCAUCUCCAUCCUGCUUUAUCACUGCACAUCCAGAUCAGUUUCAGAUGGAGGACUGAAUAGAAAACGUCACCACUAA